CUCGAAUCAGCCCGAACCUUGCUCUGUCUCCUUCUAACCACCGGUCACAUCAGCAUUGAAUAAAAUCAACCUGAUCUGCAAUCCAUCCAGCCAUCAGAUCUGUUCAGAUCUUUAAAGACAACGGACGUAGCGUCCUGAACACAAUGUCUGGCGAACAAUUUUCGCUAGUAUGGAACAGCUUUCCAGCAAAUUUGUCUUCAGGUUUAUACACUUUGCUUAGUGAUGAACAGCUUGUCGAUGUAACACUUGCAGCCGAAGGACAAAUGUUACGAGCCCAUAAGCUGAUUUUAUCGCUAUGUAGCACUUACUUCAAGGAACUUUUCAAGAUGAAUUCCUGCAAACAUCCGAUAGUUAUACUCAAAGACGUUAACUACCGUGAUUUGUCUGCUUUGCUGCAUUUCAUAUACCAAGGUGAAGUUCAUGUCAGACAAGAAGACCUUGGAAACUUUUUAAAAGUAGCCGAAACACUGCAAAUCAAAGGUCUCACUAAGGAUAAGAGUGAGGAAGAUGGUAACUCAGUCACCAUCAAUAACAUCUCACGAUCAGAGCUUGGAGAGAAUCUUCGGGAACAAUCUAGGGAAUUGGAGAGUAUGCUUGAGACAGUACGAAAGUCUGAAAGAAAUUCCCUUGACCAUGAGAAGUCUAUGAUAACAGCACGGGAAGGUGUCUCACCUGUUGCUGAAGCCAGAGAAAUGACAAGUUUGUCACAAGACACAAUAUCUCCUGCAUCGACAAAAUCUGUGCACAAUAAAUUUUCUGAUCAAGAAAGAAACAUCGAACCUGACAGUAUUAUAUGUGAUAUAUUAAGUACAAAAGAUGAUGAUCUUAAUCGAAUGGAAAACAAUGCUUCAGACGAGCAAUUACACCAUACCUCCGAAGUUGCUGACCUGUUAAGAACGAAAGACGAGUUCGUUGAUUACACAUCGGACAUCGGCUGCAACAUUGUCUGCAAGAGAGAAUAUGAUAGCCAAGAGAAUUUAGAUGACGGGAAUAGCAAUCUACAUGCACAAGAUAACUUGGCGGCAAAUGCGUUCAGCCAACUGGAAGAAGCUUUUAGUGCCGAUUUUUCAACCACUGGAGGCGACUUUAGUCAAGGGCGACAAACAAUGGGUGCCCCAGGUAGCAGUGUACCUCUGGAAACGAUACUGCGCGUUGUGUCCGAAUUAGAGCCAACGAUACGAGCAGUGAGAGGAAAAGUUAUUUGCAUGUACUCUUGUCCAUGGUGUAUGCGUCACUUUAGUCAACGAGGCAAUCUCAAAAUACAUGUUCGCUACGUUCAUGGACCUCUUGAAAGUCUGACGUGUAAACUUUGUGGUAAUACAUACAAAAACAGCAACAGUCUUCGUGUACACUCUUAUGUCCAUCGUAACGCAAAGAGAAAUAAACAGUAAAUCAACACA